AUGCUGAGAGAGCAAGGAUGCGCACAGAACAGGAGAGCGAUUUACAGCGAGCAGUGCGUCUCACCGAAGAAAGAGAGAGAGCCCGGCUUCGAAGACGGCGAGGGGAUGGCAGGGAAGCUCGCUGAACAAGCGAAGCGGAGAGGGAUCGAAUGCGAAGACAACUUGAGGAUGACUACCACAGAGGAGCGCGUUUGGCAGCAAACGCUGAUGGCCAGGGCUAAAAGGGAUGCUGAAGAGGAGGAAAGAACAGAAAUCAGAUUGGUGCAAGAAGCAGCAAGAUCAAGAAUUCGAAGGCAACAAGAAAGUGAUGAGAUUCGAGAGAUCCGACGAGCACGAGAUGCUGCGAGAGCAAGGCCUAGUGGAGAGCAAGAUGAGGCGAUGCGCCAACACCGUCAUGUCGCCUCAGCACAGCGGGAUCGCAUUCGAAUAGGCCGUGAGACAUCAGCAGACUCGACAAAGACGAAGAACCGUAGCUGA